AUGAAGAGUAUCAUUCGUGAUAGAGAUAAAGCAGUAACAUAUAAUGUAAAUUGGAAUGCUGAUAACCAACUAAUUGGGUCUAAUGCUGCAAAGUUGGCAAGCUACAUUGGUACACUUGUUCGUAUGCACAUUCCAAUCACUGCUACAAGAUGGAGUAAUAAAGAGUUGGGUAGCGCUAAAGAUAAGAUUUGGACUGAGAUACUGAGGUCUUUUAACAUUGAAGAUACAACUAUCCGAAAAAAGUAUAUACUUCAAUUGGCCGGAAAAAGACACAGAGGGUGGAGAACGUUUUUAACAAACAAGUAUCUUAAGGACAAAGAAAAUUUUUUUGUUGAAUAUGAUCCGGAAUAUCCAGUGAAGUAUGCGAUCUUCAUUACAGAAGAAGAAUGGGUUGCUUUUGUAGCCCAAAGAAGAGACGAAAAUUUCAAGAAAGUGAGUGCCACAAAUCGCGAGAGAGCGUCAAAUCCCACGUAUGCAUACAAAAAAGGGCGUUUGGGAUAUGCACGCUUAGAGGAAAAAAUUUUAGACGAGACGAAAAGUGACGCAACAUCACUUCCGCCACAUGUUUUGUGGAAAGAAGCUCGUGUGGGAAAGGAUGGAACUGUUAGGGAUGACGUUCAACAUAUUUAUGAUGAAUGUGCUGAUUUUGAUGUUGAUUUUGAUAUCUCGGGCCUUGGUCUCGUUGAUUUGGAUGAGGAGAAAACCAGGAUUGUUGGUAAUGAAGACCAAAAGGUAGUGGUUGCUGGUAUGGCACUUUAUGCAUUGCUAACUGCUCAUUUUCAGCCACUUGAAGGUUGGGAUCAACAAGCUUUUUGA